GACGCAUAUAAAUUUUUAUUACAAAUAGGUACAAAGUAGGAAGUGUAGAAGCGACUGGUCAGGUACGAAGUACUAUCGUUCGAGAAAUCUUUAUAUUCCUACUAACCGCUUUGUGUUUGUGUUAAUCCGAUGUCUUUCUGGCCAAAAUAGACUUUAAUAAUCAGUGUUGUUAUUAAUAAUUAAUAAUAUAGACAGUGAUAAUUACUUAAGUUACCUAUUCGAGAGGAGUUUUUCCAUUGCACGGAAUUUAACCUUUAAGAUAAUUGAAACCAAUGGUAAUUCCUUCAAGUUAAAUUUCGCUAGACGAAAGAAAAACGACAAGAAAUCAGGAAUUCUGCUGUUUGCUAUUGAAAUAGUGCAUCAGUAUACAUUUGUAUUACAAAACAAAUGCAGUUAAACAAUAAUACAAACAAAAGACAGGCUGGACAGGAUCUGUGCUUGGCUGGCCUAAAGAAUGUUUAGCGUUUAUAAUACGAAACCUGUUUAAAAAUAAAAAAAAAACACCUUGGGCAGUGAGUAAAUCAUUUAAAUUCUUCCAUUCGCCACUAAACCUUGAUGAAAAAAAUAACGGACCCAUGUGGAACCAUACCAAUGCAUAAGGAUUAAGUACAACAAUUUCAUGCAUAUUUACUUUUCUUCUUAAAAGUAGAACGAAUUAAAAAACCGAUAGCAUAGUGUGUACAGUGAACAAAUCAAUUUUAUGAAAAGUGGGACAGAUAAUACCCACAAAAUAUUGGUGAAUACCAAAUCGACGACCUAAAAACCAUACACACCGAGUAUACCGAGUGUUCGUGAAUAAAAAGAGACCCAAGUAUGUUAUUUAACGAAAUAGUGAUGUCGAAUAUAGUAGUUAGAAAAAAUAAACGAAAAUAUCGAAUUAUUUGAACUGUUAUUAGGAGUUAGUGCGGGUUAAAAAGUGUCCCAGGCUCAAAAUGAGUUUCGUCAAAAGAGGAUUAAUCUUUUUCACAUUUUUUGGCGCGGUUUUUGCGAUUGCUUUACUUGUAGCAAGCGUUGUGACAGAACAAUGGGUUGUAGCAAAAGCAAAGAGAAAUACGAAAGAAUCUGAGGGUAAAAUACAAUUUGGACUGUUCCAUGGUAAAAAGGAACUUAACGUUGGUUACGGAUGGAGAACAGAUGAAAUUGAUGUUAUCCAUCAGUUAAAGCAUGAGCCAGAGAUUCUAAAUUAUAGUUUAUGGUUUGGUACCGUUGCCUGUGUCUGCGGGGCGUUACUUUUCUGUAUGUUAAGUGCCGUUUUUGCCGUUGUAAAUACGGCUAGAAAAACUUCCGUUUUUCUUGUAAGCAUUCGAGGCCUAUACCUAUGGAACACUCUAGCACUUCUUGCCAAUUUGGGAAUUAUCGGAUUUUGGCUAGCUCAAUUUUUUUUAAGAAUUCAGCACAACGUUAUGACCCGGGAAGAUGUAUAUAAUAAAUGGACUUCGGAAAAUAUGGCGGAUUUAGGGUACUCGUUUUGGUUUGUAACAGGCUCAGCCAUUACAAAUUUUAUAAAUAUUAUUGUGAUAUGCUUUGCCAAUACUGAUAACGAUGAAACGGAUUCAAUUUAUCCUGUAUUAGAGGAAAAAACAAACGGGGCCAUUAUGUUAUACUAAAAUAACAUUAUUCAUAUAUAAUUUAUACAUAAUAUGUUAUACAUAUAAUAUAUACACAAUAUUUUCUCUUUUGUUUAUAUGAUUGUUCCUACCUUCUCUAUAAAUGCUGAUGUACUUACC